ACUCCCACCCCUCAAAAUAUUUAAGCCGCCAUUCUCUCUUCUCCCUGUUUUCUUCCUUGCGCAGCAGCGGCGGCGCCCAUCUUCUCCGGUAGCAAGCUCCCUCCCAUGGCGGCUCCUCUCCUCUAGGGCGUCGCAUCUCCCAGCCAGCACAUGUUUAUCUUCCUCCCCACCGCUCCUUCCCUGGUGCAGGCGCAGGGAGCAGUUCCCCUGGCCGAGCUCCAUUCCAGCAGGGACGCCCAGGUCCCGACGGCCCCUGCGCAGCUCCUCCCCGCGGCCACCAUGGUGCUCGACGCCUCUCCCCUUCAAGCGCAGCAGCAGCAGCUUCCCUAGUCUCCCAUGGCGCCCCCUUCAAUUUCCAUGGCCGGCACCCAAGCUCCAGCCCCUCCCCGCGAGCCCUCUCCCCUUGCUGCCUGGCCGAGCUCGCUGUUCUCCCUGCUCCACGGCGAGCAGCAGCUCGUCCACCUCUUCCUCCCAUGGUGCCCAGAAAUUCCAGCAGCAAGGACUCGACAGCAGCAGCUCGACCCUCCUCUCCUCGCUGGCGCAAACCUCUCCCAUGGCGCGCUGCAGCAGACGCCCUAGAGCAUCCCCGCCAUGGCUCGCGACCCGGCUUCCUCCCUGUUUGCGUGCUGCUGCGCAGUGCCCCGUCGGUGCUUGCUAUGUGCUCGACGAAAUGUGCAGCAAGCCACGCGUCGUCGAUUUCCUGCAGCAGCCCCGACGUCUCCGCACGGCUCGCUGCUUUGUGUUGAGCAGUGGACAGCACGCCGUCGAUGCCCGCCGGUGGCUUGCUGUUUUUGCGCAGCCCCAUCCGCGACGCCGUCGAAACCCGUGCUGCCGUCAAUGCCAUUCGUCGCGCACGCGUGUUCGAUACAAGACCGGUCGGGUGCACCACGUGCUUGCACAACUCAACUCCGAUCCCGUUCAGGACUGAGAGAUGAUGAUCGAGCUAGUGAUGUGGUGCCA